AAGUGCGGCGGUGCAAAGUGUUGGAGAAUCCAGUGUACCUUGGAGGACACGUAAGGGGGAGGCGAGCGCGUUAUGUUUUGGAGACCUUGCGGGAUACACACAGCGCAAGCACCGAUGGAGAGAAAGGACCAUUAGCCACAGUCCUGGGGAAAUACGCAGAAGCAGUAUUCCAUGUCUCUUCUCUGCCCUGUUAUUGAUGGGAAACCAACUGGACCGGAUCACCCACCUGAACUACAGCGAGCUACCCACCGGGGAUCCAUCGGGCAUCGAGAAGGACGAGUUGCGUGUUGGCGUGGCGUAUUUCUUUUCCGAUGAGGAGGAAGAGCUGGACGAUCGAUCGCAGUCGGACAGCUUUAAAGACAACAACAGCCCGAGCAAAGACGGUCCGGUUGCGCUCAACGAGAUCGAGUACUCGGCGUUCUGCUGCCAGGAAUGUAUAUACUCCAAACUGCGAGAGAACGAGGACCUGAAUGUUUAUUCGGUGAAAACUUUAUUGACCAUGUGCAAACCCGGGGAUCUACUGGAGUUAGUGGCCAACGCACAACCCCCGCACUGGGCGAUCUUUGAAGGGGAGGACCAGGUUAUUCACCUCUACAAGGGGGAGAUCCGCAAGGACAGCUUAUUUGAGAUCAGCUGCGGUCGGCAGGGCAGGAUAGUGAACAAUCGGUACCGCUACCGACCGCUGCCAGCUGAUUUGGUGAUGCAGAACGCGAGCGGGCACGUGGGGCUCAGCAGCGGCGAGAUUUGCUGGACGAACUCGGAAAGUUUCGCAGCCUGGUGCCGUUUCGGCAAGCGGGAGUUUAAAGCGGGCGGGGAGGCGCACUCGGUCGAGCAGCGCUACUUUCUGAAGGUGCACCUGUCCGAGAGCACCGCGCACACGCUCAUGUUCCGCAGCCUGGAGGAGAUGAUACGCGAGAGACGGCGCGUGGACGCCAGUGGUAUUCUCAAGGAGCUGUCGCUGGUGACCGGCAAGGAAUGAGCGCUUGGGACUCUCUGCAUGCCUUGAGCAAGGGCUGCUUACCUUUAUUUCAGGACUUUGGGAGGGUUGUGCGUAUUUGUGUGAACAUGUUUUUGGCAAAGACAACGCCCCUUUUGGUUGUGCUGUGAGAACCGAUGGCCCCGCUAAAGUCACCCUGUACCUUUAAAAAGGAAAAAGAUAAAACAUAAGGUGAGCCCUCAUCACAGAUCGCCCAUGAACCGAUACAGCCCCCUCAAAUUCGCACCCGAGCCCUGCUGCGGCAGAUGGUGACCACGAUGCGUUCGUAUGUCUGUGGCAAGCCGUUUUGACAUUUAUUCUUUUUGACUGACUGUCAUCUGUGUUUUGUGUUAAUACUCAUUAUUCUCCAUUAACUAUUCAAAUCGUUUCUAGUAUCCAUUUGAGUUGUCCCAGCAACAUUUGAAUAUAUGCUAGUGUUUUCCAACCGACUACUAGUAACCUUUUAAUCGCACUAGUAAGUCUUCUGUUUGAACUAUAAAGAAGCCAUUCUAACUACUUAUUACAUUUUAAGUCAAAUGCAAAUGCUACUAUUGAGAUGAAGGACGUUACUUUUAACGGUUGAGAUCAAUAACAAUGGCUUCUAGUACCUAGCGAAUGGUUACUAGUCAAGCUGGAGUUGAAUAGUUCAUAUUUGAACCACAGAUCCCAAAUUUUUACCCUGGGAUAGUUGUCAUUUUUACAAUUGCCACAAUCGAAAGAAUAAUUAGGAUACAGUGAAAUCAACAAAGAGCACUCGUCUCGAUUGGGCUACCAUGUAAAUGAAGUACUGGUAAAGUUAAAGAAAUAAAAGUAAAACAGCUUGCCACAUGUCUCUUAUUUGACUGAACUCUCGAGCUUUAAUAUUAAACGUGGAGCUCGGUUAUUGCGCAUCUGUCCAGCUGCAUUAGUUCCUCCAAACCCCUACAGGCGACAACACACGAGCCUUUGUUUUCAUUCUGUUAUUAACAAACGCAGCGAACGUUCUUCUGUUUUUGGAGUCCAUAUUUUUGUAUUUCAGUUAGUACGUUAAAAAAACUGUUUUUAUUUAAAUAAACGUAGAUUGCCCUAUGAAAAUUGCGUUGGUCUCUAGCUCUUUUUCAUAUUGUUUUGCCUGCGUACAAAUGCAAUAAGCGAGCACGUGCUGGCUGAGGUAGCCUCGCGCGAGUGCCUAACCGAUGCAUUACAAUUCACACGUCAACCUUCUGUAGUGUUCACAGUAUCGAUCAUCCCUUCAUUUGAUUUUUGAUGGAUUUAUUUCCCGCCAGCAGGGCAGUCGUUUGUUAUCAUUGCUGCAUUAGUAUGCCUUAUGGGCAGCUGUUGAUGCAUGGAGACGCUGUCCUUUUGUUCCUGGCUUGUUAUGGUCGAUGAUGAUGAUCAUCAGCAGCAGCAUGUUUCUAACUUGGACUCGUAGGAGACGCUGUUACUUUAAUUAUACAUAUCAAGUUUAUGACCGCUCUGCUUGUGGUCCAGAAGCCAUACAUCCAAAUUAACUCCAGUUUUGGCUGCAAGGUUUGCAUUAAGUAAUGGGAGGGCUGUCUGUAUGUGUGUGUCUGUGCACAUAGGCACUCUCUAGCGCUAGUAAAUACGGUCAUGCUCUGUUUGUUUUCCUAUUAGAGGCUGUAGGCUGCAGCUGGGAUCAUUUAUGCUUUAUGCUCAGUGAGGCUUGAUUGGCCCACAGGUCUGUGUGGCUGGACCCUUUACAAAGCUUGUGCUGGCCAACACUAACAAGUCAUUCAGAGAAUCAGUUUGUAUAAUGCAAGGCCGAAGUCCAUUUUUAGAAGGUUUACCUUUUUGUGCUGCGUGAUAUGAAUUUAUGUCCAGCACAAUGUAACAGAGUGAGCUGUACGCUUGUGGAUUUACACACUGAAUGGAUAUCCUUUCUGCCUUUCCUGUUAGUAAUCUAUUUGAAUAUUUACUAGAUUUGCCAGGCUAUAGUUCCUCUAGCGUGUGUUCUGCAUGUUCAAUUCACAUACACUCUUUACCGUUUAUUCCUUUGUGUGAUUAAUUCCAGGUCAGGCUGUUAAUCAUGUGUCUACAUCAUGCACAACAUAUUGUGUCAGGUGUGUCAGUUUGAGCUGUUAAUAUGGAAAGCUGGGCGAUUAUGUGAAUGAAAACAAGUGUGACGGGUUUCUAACGGUUGGGAGAGAUGUCAGAUGAGUUCAUCAUAGAUGUUACAGACUUGGGCGAAUUCACUGAACGACUACAGCAAAUUUUACAUCCACAACCCAACUAGAUGAAAUAGUUUUUAUGCGACGAAUUGUUAAAUUAAUUAUCACUCUAUUUUUAGUGCAAAUUAACUCCCUUUUUACAGAAAAGAGGCAUCUUAUGUUAUUUUCUGGCACAAUAAAUAAUGUGCUUGUCUGACCACGGAAAACAGGCAUUGAUAACGUCAUUAAACAGAAAUAUAUACAUUUUCUUUUCAUUAUGGCAUAAAUUAUUCCAAGCUUUUAUAUACAUACUGUAAUCAAACACUCACAUUGAUCAAAAUGGUGUACAAUUACAGUAAAUUAUAUCAGAUCCUGGUAUUCUGAGCCAUUUUCCACCAUAUAAAACCUUACUGUACUUGUACUGACCUGCAAGCCUUGUUAGUAUGCACUUGACACUCAACUGACAAGUACGCUUGAGAAACACCAGCCAUUGACACUCACACACUCAUUUUCUUUGGCUUACAACGUGUCAUCACCAUUGUCUCUACCGUCUUGUCUCCAACACAUUGUUCGCCAAUCCCAGCAGCCCCACUAACCCACUUUUUCACUAGACGAUUUGUGGGAUCCCCUUUCUUGACAUUACCCCACCCCCGCCUCAUUUUCCCGUUCUCUGAGCCUGACAAUCUGUCACCUGUACCAAUUGCUUUUUUUUUUUUGCUAAUGCUGGAAAUUUAGGAUAGUGGGGCAGCGGGCUAUAUGUGGAGAAUGAGGACAGGAGUGAAGGAGCGAUGGGCUGAGGGAGUAGAUGUUGCCAACAUGAGCUGAACAGAAUAUCUUUAGCCUGAAACAAAGUCUGCCUCUCAGUGAUAUGCCAUAUGUGUGCCGUCCUGUUUGUGCGUGUGUUUGUCACACUUCGUAACCUGUUACUGGGGAAACCUCAGCCAGUCAUUUAGCUUGCGUCUACUGAAUAUUGUUUUACUUGAAGCCUGGAGAGUAUGAGGAGUUCUUUAACGGAAAGCUUGUUGUUUUUGCGUUGAUUAAAGAACUAACGACAAUGCAUUUGCUUCUGCUGAGGAAGAAUUAUGCAUAGCAUCUGUGCUCCACAGAAAUCAUGCUUCUCUUUCAGACUCGAUCGGAUAUUCAUUUAAACCAGCAGGCUAGCUGGUAAUCUGGCCUCAGGAGUAGAGGAGGAAUUCAGACUUAUUUGUGUGCAUUUUUUUUCCCUCUUUCCGAUUGUCAAUUCAAUUUCACAGCAUUUUUAAAGAAUUUGUCUUUGCACAGAAAAGAAACUACGUUUUUUAUUAUAUCCUGGUAUAAGGGUGUCGAUAAACAAUUUUUUUUUGUGGCACAAGACAAACUUUCCUGGUAAAGAUGUAACAUAUAUCCUUAUUUGUCCAUGGAAUCGAUGUUUGUUUAUCAAUUUCAUAAUAAUUUUCUCUGAGAAUAUUUCAGCAAUCAAGUCUUGUAUGUUUGUAUCAGCUGUUUAGAAUAAGCACUAGCAUAGCCAUAUUCACAAAUAAGUCUCUUGGUGUAAUAAGUCGAAUGGAUUUGUGACUGAAAUAGUUUGCUUUACUUGACAGUUCAGGCUUACACUGGUUUCUCACACCGAAAUAGUAACCAGAUAUUUUUUUAUAUCCGGUGCCUCACAGGUGUCCCCUGCCUCUAUUUCUCUCUCAGCACAUAAUUAUCAAAGUCACAAAGGCAAUGUCAUAAGAAUGACAGAGCUUGACUGGAGAUGGACACAGUGAGAGAAAUAUAUACGUAUUCACAGACGUUGUUUUAAGCUUUUUAAACUCAACAUAGCUGGUCUACAUUUUAACUAAUGAUUGGUCCAGUAAUCAUUUAUUUUUGCUGAGUAUUGACAAGUGACGUUUGGUUCCAUUCAUGGUUCUCGCACGUUUUAGUGGUAGGAAAUCAUAGUAACAUACAAGUAAAGUAGUAGUAUUCUGCCACUACAACUACAGCGAUCAGUGCAGACUAAUUCUUUUAUGCAAUAUUUUAAAUUAUAAUUCUCUCCAUUAACAAAAACCUUUGACUUUUGCCUUCAAUCAAUCUAUUGUACAAAACAAACUUGCAAAUGAUUUCUGUCAUUCGUUAACAAUGAAGCAUCUCUUUGUUGCGUGUGCAGUUUAUAUA